GCGAGGCGGGGGCGGAGCGUCGCGGGUGGUGGGGGCGGGGUAUGGCGCGCUGUGCGGCGCAGGGCGGCUGGCACAAACGGCGGCGCCGGGGCCGGAGGAAAAACCUCGCCACCGUGACAGGUCCCUUCCCAAGCCCCUAGGGACAGCAGAGGACUUGGGGACCAGCAAGCACCCCCAGGGCACGAGAAAAGCCUCUGCCAUCUGCCCUGCCUCAUCCUGCCCCACGCCAGGCCCAGCCGCCCCGGCCCCCGGCUGCAUCAAGUGGAGGAGGAGGAGGUGGAGGAGGGUGGCACCAUGGGCCUGGGCCGUGCCCUCCAUGCGCGGGGGAUGAAGACACUGCUGCCAUGGACAGCCCGUGCCAGCCGCAGCCCCUGAGUCAGGCUCUCCCUCAGUUGCCGGGUUCGGUGUCAGAGCCCUUGGAGCCUAGCAGGGCCAGGAUGGGGGUGGAGAGUUACCUGCCCUGUCCCCUGCUGUCCUCCUACCACCGUCCAGGAGGGCCUGGUGAGGCCUCGGCGGGGAGUGGGACCCCCAGAGCCACAGCUACUUCCACCACAGCCAGCCCCCUGCGGGAGGGCUUCGGUGGGCAGGAUGGCGGCGAGCUGCGGCCGCUGCAGAGUGAGGGUGCUGCGGCACUGGUCACCAAGGGGUGCCAGCGACUGGCAGCCCAGGGCGCCCGGCCCGAGGCCCCCAAACGGAAAUGGGCAGAGGAUGGUGGGGAUGCCCCUGCCCCCAGCAAGCGGCCCUGGGCCAGGCAGGAGAACCAGGAGGCGGAGGCAGAGGGGGAGGGCUGCAGCAGUGGCAGUGGUGAGGCCAGCGCCGGGCUGAGGGAGGAGGUGCUGCCCGCUGCGCCUGAGCGCCUGGCCCUGGACUAUAUUGUGCCCUGCAUGCGGUACUAUGGCAUCUGCGUCAAGGACAGCUUCCUGGGGGCGGCACUUGGUGGCCAAGUGCUGGCAGAGGUGGAGGCCCUGAAGCGGGGCGGGCGCCUGCGUGAUGGGCAGCUAGUGAGCCAGCGGGCUAUCCCGCCACGCAGCAUCCGUGGGGACCAGAUUGCCUGGGUGGAAGGCCAUGAGCCAGGCUGCCGAAGCAUCGGUGCCCUCAUGGCCCACGUGGAUGCUGUAAUCCGCCACUGUGCUGGGAGGCUGGGCAGCUACGUCAUCAAUGGGCGCACCAAGGCCAUGGUGGCAUGUUACCCAGGUAACGGGCUGGGGUACGUGAGACACGUUGACAAUCCCCAUGGCGAUGGGCGCUGCAUCACCUGCAUCUAUUACCUGAAUCAGAACUGGGACGUCAAGGUGCAUGGCGGCCUGCUGCAGAUAUUCCCUGAGGGCCGUCCCGUGGUAGCCAACAUUGAGCCACUCUUUGACCGGCUGCUCAUUUUCUGGUCUGAUCGGCGGAACCCCCAUGAGGUGAAACCAGCCUAUGCCACCAGGUACGCCAUCACUGUCUGGUAUUUUGAUGCCAAGGAGCGAGCAGCAGCCAAAGACAAGUAUCAGCUAGCAUCAGGACAGAAAGGUGUCCAAGUACCCGUAUCACAGCCGACUACGCCCACCUAGUGGCUGGCCCCAGAGCUGCACGGACAGACAGCUUGCCCUGACGUCGGGGGAGCCCUGGGCCCCGGUGCCGCCAGUCACGGUGCCUGCUCCUUCCCCGCCACUGCCGCUGCUUCUGACUUUGCCUCUGUUCUGCCUGGUGUGGAGGG